AUGGCGCUGCUGACCGGGGACACGCUGGGGCUCCUGGCCGUGGCCGUGGCCGUGUUCCUGCUCCUCGUGGACCUCAUGCACCGGCGAGCUCGCUGGGCCAGCCGCUACCCGCCAGGCCCCACGCCUGUGCCGGGGCUGGGCAACCUGCUGCAGCUCGACUUCAAUAACGUGCCGUACUCCAUGAGCCGGCUUCGGGGCCGCUUCGGCGACGUGUUCAGCCUGCAGCUGGGCUGGACGCCCGUGGUGGUCGUCAACGGAUUCGCGGCCGUGCGAGAGGCGCUGGUGGACCGCGGAGAGGGCUCCUCCGACCGCCCACCUGUGCACUUGUUCGAGCACCUGGGCUUCGGGCCGCGCGCCCAAGGGGUGGUCCAGGCGCGCUACGGGCACGCGUGGCGGGAGCAGCGGCGCUUCUCCGUGUCCACCCUGCGCGACUUCGGCCUGGGCAAGAAGUCCCUGGAGCAGUGGGUGACCGAGGAGGCCACCUGCCUCUGCGCCGCCAUCGCCGAGCAGGCGGGGCGCCCCUUCAGCCCCCACUUGCUCCUGGAUAAAGCGGUGGGCAACGUGAUCGCCUCGCUCAUCUUCGGGCGCCGCUUCCAGUACGACGACCCGAGCUUCAUGAGAAUCGUGAACAUGAUGGAGACGGCCCUGAGGGACGACAACAUUCUCCUCCAGCAGCUGCUGAACUCCAUGCCGGUGCUCCUGCGCAUCCCCGGGCUCGCGGCCAAGAUACUGGAAGGACCGAAGCUCUUCAUGAGCACCCUGGGCGAGCUGCUCACUGAGCACAGGCUGAGCCGCAGCCCAGACCAGCCGCCCCGAGACCUGGCCGACGCCUUCCUGGACCAGGUGGAGAAGGCCAAGGGGAACCCGGAGAGCAGCUUCAAUGAGGAGAACAUGCGCAUGGUGGUGUCUGAUCUGUUUUUUGCCGGGAUGGUGACCACCUCGACCACACUGGCCUGGGCCCUCCUGCUCAUGAUCCUGCACCCCGAUGUGCAGCGCAGAGUCCAAGAGGAGAUCGAUGAGGUGAUCGGGCAGGGGCGGCGACCAGAGAUGGCGGACCAGGCCCGCAUGCCCUUCACCAUGGCCGUGGUCCACGAGGUGCAGCGAUUCGGGGACAUCAUCCCUCUGGGCGUGCCCCACAUGACUUCCCGAGACAUCGAAGUGCAGGGCUUCCUCAUCCCCAAGGGGACAACGCUCUUCCCCAACCUGUCCUCGGUGCUGAAGGACGAGACCAUCUGGAAGAGGCCGCACCGCUUCCACCCCGAGCACUUCCUGGACGCCCAGGGCCGCUUCGUGAGGCAGGAGGCCUUCAUGCCCUUCUCAGCAGGCCGCCGCUCGUGCCUCGGGGAGCCGCUGGCCCGCAUGGAGCUCUUCCUCUUCUUCACCUGCCUCCUGCAGCGCUUCAGCUUCUCCGUGCCUGCGGGGCAGCCCCCGCCCAGCGACCGUGGGGUCUUUGCCAUGCUGGUCACCCCCGCCCCCUAUCAGCUGUGCGCAGUGCCCCGCUAGCGGGGGGCAGCCAGCCCCCACCCCACUUCUGUGCCGGGAACCCCGCUGUACAAUAAACCAGCCUGUGGCUCCGGCCUGACCUGGCGGGCCCGCACCCCCUCAUCCUGGAGUCACGGGGCCUCCGCAGCCUCCCCAGCCAGCCCACCCCUGCCGCUUGCGUCUGUCCUGACCUUUGCGUUCAUGUUCCGGGGUGGCCACCUGAGCCCGGGCCGCUGUCACUCUCUGCCCCGUCACGUGGAGGCCGGCGCGGCUGUCCUGGCGGCUCACGAGUCCACGCAGGAGUCUUCCCCGGGAGUCAGGCAGAGCAGAGGACUGGAGGGACCGAGGGAGUGGACACGGACGCCUUGGGUGUGAGGGGCUGUGGCAGAGUCCCCAGAACUCCCCAGAUGUGGGAUCCCCCGCAGGUCACGCUCAGCAGGCUGAUGUCGGGGCGUCGGUCUCAGGGACAGGGGGUGGCCGGGCUCGACCAGGCCGAGGCUCGCAUCGGCCCCAGAGCGACGUGGGGUCAGCACCUAGCCCGGCGGCGGUGACCUCCUACCGCAGAGGCCAUUGCUCUCCAGGAAGCGCCCUGGAGAGGUCAUGGUUUGUGGGGUGCGGCUCCUGGUGCCAGCGCCCCGGGCUGACUCGCCGGCCUUGUUGUGUCAUCAUGGGAUGGGGCCGGACGGAUCAUCCCAAACCGGGCCGGGCGGGGGUCACCGUGCCGCCAACCACGGGUCCCGGUCCCCGGCGCAGGACGGUGCGUCGUCCCAUUUGGAUGAAGUGUUGAGGAAGCUCCGCGCGGCACCCGCGGGAGCCGUGUCCGGUCCAUCCCCCCAGCGGUCCGGUAAAGGUCCAGGGCUCCGGACCACGCGGCACCGCGGGGCUCUGUCCGUUGCCCGCAGCCGUGCUCCGGGGCGUCUGGGGUGGCCCGAGAACGCCGAGCCUGCGCUGCCGCCCGCCCCUGGUCUCGGAGCAACGUCUCCUCGUGUAGACGUGAAGCCCGUCAGUACAAAACGGAUGGGGGGUGUUUCCUUCUGUGACUUUUUGGGGCGUGUGUUUUGUUCCCUGACUGUCUGGCGUUUCGUACGCAAGUUGGGUCUGGCUCUUCUCAGAGACGUGAUUUGCCGGCUCUCCCUCUCUGGGGCCUCUCGUCCUCUGCUGUCCGGUAGCCGUUCAUGUUCACGAAGUGCAGUUUCUCGGCGUUUUCUGUCUCUGUGCAGGACCAUGGCAAGAAAUUAUUUCCAAGCAACAGUUUGCUGCCUGACCUGGGUAGAAACGAAGCACUAGGGAGCCAGCUCUUGAGGAAAGAAAGUGAAUGUUCUCCCCUGACGACCCUGCCGGGAGAGAGAAGGCAAAGCUCCAAUGUGUCUCCCCAGCGUGGAGGCCAGGACAGGUUUAAUAGAAGUGGGGGCUGGAAGGAAGAAAAGGAGGAACCCGAGGGUUAUGUGCUUAGAGUUUGCACCAUGGUGGCAAAGUGAUCCCCGCUAGAUCGCAGCAGACACAGCCAAGGCCCCGAGGGAGGGACAGAAGCGGAGCUCACGCCAGGACCAAGCCUCUGGCAGGAGGAGCCGGAAAUACUAAGUGAAAGUGUUUGUAGCGAUUCAGGGGCAGCAUAGCCCACAGAGAGGGGCUGGCCGCUGUGCAGGCUCAGACACACGCCAAUACAGGGGUUCUCAUGCCCAGCGCUGCACUGGUAAGGGGGCCUGCAGACUCGGCGCGUAGGCCAGAGGUUGCACUGCCGAGAGCUUUAGGAAUCCGUGUGCAAAACAAGGAAACUGGUGCAUCCCGAGGCCCAAUACUGAGCAGCUACAGCCUGCGUUGGUGCCACUGCUAUGAGGCUUGGCUAUUCAGAACCCCUGCCCUGCCCAUCCCAGGACAAACCAAAACAAAGGAGCGCGCUCACAGCGUGGAGUUCGCCCCUGUUAUGCCAAAGGGCACCCAGGGCAGGGCUGGAGAGGAUAAGCUCGCAGGCUGUGACCUCAUUCCAGCUGGAGCCCUUGCCCAGCCUUGCAUCUAGUGGUCAAAGAUCGCCUAGCAUGGAAGUGGGCACUAGACUACGAGCCGAUAAGACCGAGAGAUGGCAUGCAGAGGGGCCCCUGAGCACCCACUACAACUCUGGUACCCAGGCCCGGGAGGGGGACUGACUCCCUGACACCAGAGAGGGCCCGUCGGUGCCCUCCUGCCCCAGUCCUCAUUUAUCCUGUGCCCUCGCCCAUGCCAAUUGUCUGAUACUCCCACGGAUGCCAGAAAACAAUCUGACAGUUUAUCCCUGUCUAUAAAAAUUUUAAAUGUGAAAGUAGAAUAUGCCACAACUGCUGGGGAAAAAAGAGAAAGUAAACAGAAUACAACUGCAGAAUAUGACAAAGGGCACUCGAGGUAACAAAUAAGUUGAACGCCUCCCUGGUGCGUGGGGGUAAAGUCUCAGCGCUAUCAAGCUAUUGCCAGCCUCUGAGGCCUGGGUUAUCCCCUGCCAGGGAGCAACCCACAUGGCGCAGCAGAUCUCUCCUGUCUCCCCGCUGCUCCCCUCAGCCGUGUGUUUCAGUCAGUCCACCUGUCCUGUUCCCCGCUCUGUCUCUGGUGAAUCCUCUGACCUCCCACCCCCACCAGCACCUCUGAUCUAAACCCCAGCUCUUGUAUGCAUAAAUAAAUAAAUCUUUAAAAAAAAUUAUAGACCAAUAUCCUUCAGGAACGCUGAUGGAGAAAUUCAACAAAUGCUAGCCAAUUACAAUUAAUGAUUUAUCACAAAGGUCAAGUGGAAUUAAUCCCAGGUAUGCAAUAAUUGUUCAAUAUACAUAAAUCAAUCAAUGUAAUACAUCAACAAAAUACAGAUAAAAAUUAUAUGAUAUCCGGCCACCCCUGGUGGGGCAGCAGUUGAGCGCUGGGCCGCCGGCAAGGGUCCCACAAAAAAAAAAAAUUAUAUGAUAUCAAUUGAUACAGAGCAAGCAUUUGAUAAGAUUCAACACCCUUUACCUUAAAACCACUAAAUAAUAUGUGAAUAUGGAGACCUAUCUCAAUAUCUCAAUAUAUUAAAGGCCAUAUAUUACCAAAAAAGAACAACCAAAUAAUACUUAAUGGUGAAAAACCAAAAGCUUUCCCUUUUAUUUAGGAACAAGAUAAAGAUGUCCACUGUCAUUGCUUUUUAACAUUAGAGACGUGGCUAAAGCAUUCAGACACUGACAGGACAUAAAGGGACUCUAAAUCAGGAAAGAAGGGAAUGAUCAUGAAUCGCAGAUGACAUACAGAAAAUCUUAAAUACUUGGCCAAAAAGCUUUUGGAAACAAGCUAUUAGAUGCACACAACAAAAUGGCAGGCAACAAAAUCACCAUGCAACAACCCACAGUCUUUUUUAUACAAACAAUAAGCAAAGGAAAUUAAGGAAUACCUCCAUUUAUAAUUGCUUCACAGAGAAUCACAUACCUCAGAAUUAAUCUACUAAGAUAAGAGACCUAUAAAGUGAGAAUUACAAAAUGUUACUAAAAGACAAUGACAUAAGGAGAUGGAAGGAAAUCCCAUGCUCACGGAUGGGGAGAAUCAAUAUAAUCACAAUCACUAUC